AUGACUAGUACAGACGGUGCAGAUGUGAGUAAUGUGAUUGAGGACGAUGAUGGAUAUGUAGAGGAGGAAGAUUUGGAUUUUGUCCCCGAGCCAAGGCAAGGUGUUACUGAAGAAGCGGCGGAGGAUGAUGAAGGGGAGGAGGACGACGGGGAACGUGAUGGGAAACUGGCUCGAUCUUAUGCCGCAUUAGAGAGCGAAACUGGUGGACUCGUGAAAACAAGACACGGGAGACAGGUGGAGAAAGAUUUGAAGAGGAAGAAUAGAUACGAGCACAUGAUGGAGGGAGGAUCGGCGACGCUGUCCCCGCAAAUAGAGUCUAUCUGGGAAGAACUAAGCCGAGAGAGUGAGCAAAGGUUACAUAACGUUAAACUUGCGAAAAAGUCCGUGUUAUCAGAUGUUGUGGAGGGCGAUGACAACAAAGAUAUCGGCCUCGAUAAUCAAAGUGAACAGAUACUGAUUGAAAGAACGUAUAAGUUUGCAGGCGAGACUAUCACCGAAAAGAAGAUGGUUCCAAGGUCCAGUGCCAUGGCUAAGGAGUUCUUGAACAGUUUGAAAUUUAAGUCUGAUAAAACAACCACAAAUGCUCCAAGCGAUAAUAUACCGCGGGGGGGCUUGCCCGAUGAGGAUAAACAGAACCUGCGAAGGCCACUGAAACGGAAGUCAAUACUGGAGGAUAUAAUAGCAGGGUCACUAAAGCCGAAACUUACCACUUUGGAGAAAUCGAAAUUGGAUUGGGUCAAGUAUGUGGAUAAGGCAGGUAUUCACGAGGAUUUGCAACUGCAUAAUAAAGAUGGUUACUUAGAGAGACAAGAUUUCUUGAAUCGUGUUGAACAGAACAAGGACACGCAGUACAAAGAGCUUCGCAAAAAACAGCUUGAAAUGCAGCUGAACACGCAACAAAACUAG